AUGGUUUGGAUUUGGAGUUUGUUCGUGUCGGUAGUAGCCGCUACCAGCGCGCAGGACCUGGUCGGUACUUGGACUAGCAAGUCCAAGAUGGUCUUGACAGGCCCGACCUUUUAUGACCCUCUUGAAGACAAGUUUAUAGAGCCUAUCUUGCCUGGGAUUUCCUACUCGUUUGAUGCAAAUGGUUACUACGAAGAAGCUUUCUACCGGGCAUUGGCCAAUCCAUCGGACCCUUCCUGCCCUUCCGGUAUUAUGCAAUGGCAACAUGGAUCUUAUGUUGUUUUCCCGAAUGGCUCUUUGAGCCUGCACCCUAUUGCAGUGGAUGGCCGGCAAAUGCUCUCUGAACCAUGCAGAGGAGAUACUAGCCACUAUACCCGAUACAACAACACUGAGCAUUUCAAGGGAUACUCGGUCUCCAUUGAUAAGUAUCAUGGUGUGCGAAGACUGGAUCUGACCAUGGCAACCGGUGAGAUCCAGAUGCCUCUAUACUUCGCCUACAAAGACCCUAAAAUGCUACCCACCAAUACCCUAAAUCCGGUCCCGACAGGUCAUAAGAAAAGAGAAAUAGUUGGGCCUGUCCAACUGGCAAUUAGGGAGGAACUGCUUAAUCCAGACCGCUGGUGGUGGCUUGGGGUAUUUAUGACAUCACUUGGUGGAAUGGCUUUUUUCUUUUCCUCAUAA